AUGGAACUACAAUCAACAGACGCGCGGACAUCUCCAUCAGCGGGCUCGUCGCAAUCCCCCAGAAGGAAACAAAAUGCGCUUCAAGAAGCCAAAACUCGGCAGUUAGAGCAGGAAUUCAAGACAAAGCACUUGGGUGUGCUCGGAGUCCUGGCCUGGGUCCUGCUCCUGCACGUUGUCGGUAUAUACUUCUUCACCAAAGGUUUCCUUCUGACUCGGAUGGUCCUCGAGACCAAGUCUUCCUGUGAAAUCCUACCCACAACGGACGAGUCCGGGAGGGCGAUCACGUCUUCGACGGAAAGUCGCAGCGGAUGCUGGCACGAAAAGACCUUCGACAAGGCCGUGGUCAUUAUUAUCGAUGCGCUUCGCUAUGACUUCACCGUACCGUUCCCUUCGGCGAAUGAGGGUCAGACAGCGCAUCUUUUCCAUAACAACAUUCCGGUGCUUUAUGAGACUGCCGUUCAAAGCCCUAGUAAUGCCUUUCUGCUUCCUUUCAUUGCCGACCCACCCACCACUACUCUGCAACGUUUGAAGGGACUCACCACUGGGACUUUGCCGACUUUUAUUGAUGCAGGCUCCAAUUUUGCCGGCACUGCCAUUGAUGAGGACAACUUAGUCGCCCAGCUCCAUCAUGCCGGCAAGACCCUUGUUCAACUCGGCGACGACACUUGGCAGUCGCUGUUUCCCGGUUAUUUUGACGCGAACCUUUCGCAUCCGUACGAUUCAUUCAAUGUAUGGGAUUUGCAUACCGUUGAUAAUGGUGUCAAUGAGCAUCUCUUUCCCUUACUUCGGCCAGAGCACAAGUCCAAGUGGGACGUGAUCUUUGGCCAUUACCUAGGCGUGGAUCAUGCUGGACACCGCUACGGACCUGAUCACGCUGCCAUGGCUGCCAAACUGCAAGAGAUGGAUCGCGUCAUUCGACAGAUCAUGGACUCCCUGGACGAUGAUACUCUGCUGGUCGUGAUGGGCGAUCAUGGUAUGGAUACCAAGGGUGAUCACGGCGGCGAGUCAGACGACGAGGUUCAAGCCGCACUGUGGAUGUAUUCCAAUCGCGGUGUAUUCGGCCGCACGAGCAAAGAGACUUUGCUGCCACCGCAGCAUGCGCGCGAGCGUUCGGUCCCACAAAUCGACCUUGUGCCGACCCUGUCGCUGCUUCUCGGCAUGCCUAUUCCAUUCAACAACCUAGGCUCACCCAUCGAGGAGGCGUUUGCCGGUUCGAACGGUAACGACUGGUCUAAUUUGUUGGCUGUCAAUCGAUUGUCUGCUGCGCAGAUUAAGAGGUACCAACACGCGUAUGCGGAGGCCAGAGGCGCUGGUGAGGAUGAUGAAUCUUUCGCGCUCUGGACCGCUGCGGAGGCAGAACGGAGCUCGGCUUCCAAGACCUUUUUGUCCAAGUCAAAUGCCGUUCGUUCAAGCUACAAACUGUAUCGUGAUUAUCAGCGACACACUCUGGAGGUUUGCCGCGGACUUUGGGCGCGCUUUGACGUUCCCAGCAUGGUAUCGGGCGUCGCACUCUUGUUCUUCGGUCUUGUUCUGCUCAUAAUUUAUGCUCGAGGACUUACUGUGGAUCGCACAGACAUGACGAGUCCCCUUCUCACCGUCGCCGGAAUGGGUGCCAGCGCUGGCGCUGUGUCUGGUGUGUGUAUGGCUCUUUUCGGAGUGGUCGACACGACAAUUGUCGACUUGUCAGUUCUUUUGGCAGCCUUUGGAAGUAUGCUCGGUGGCCUUUCUGUACUUGUGAAGAAGCCGGCACGUCUGAGCUUGCCACUUCCUAACGGCAUGUGGGGAUGGCUCGCUUUCUUUUUCACCGUCUCUCAAUCUGUCGGCUUCGCCUCAAACUCGUAUACGAUCUGGGAAGACGACAUCCUUCUCUUUUUCCUGACGACAUUCGGCGUGUGCGCGGGGAUUUCCUCCAUGCGCCAGAGAGCAACGGCGGAUCGCGUGCUUGGCGUAUACCACUCAGUUUUGUUCAUCGUGCUGGGACGGCUCGCCUCUUUUUCCCGCCUUUGCCGUGAGGAGCAAAUGCCCUUCUGCCGCUCCACCUACUACGCUUCCUCGACUUCGUCAGUCUCUGCCCCAUGGCAGCUCAUGAUUCCAGUAAUGGUGGCACUGAUCCUCCCUGGUGUUGUGCGCGCCUUCUACGCAGGCUCCAAAUCUUAUGAAGGCGCUGCCAGCCUGUGGAUUGGCUUUGCUUUCCGCAUCGGACUUGUGAUCACAUCUACCUUCUGGAUGCUCGAGGGCGCCGACGACGGAGAAUGGCUGCCUCUCGGCAAGGAGACGUUGAAGUCGAUCCGGGUCUUCCUGGCUCAACUUGUCCUGGCACUGGCCUUUGGGGCCGGCACCGCUGCGUACCUGUAUUGCAAGCCGUGUAUCACCAUCAGUGUCUCCAAGCCCACGGAAGACCCCAAUGCUCCACCUGCACCUUUUAUUGCCGGUCAACAGCAGCCGCCACGGACCACCGUUACGAUUCUGGGAUUUGGAAACGUCUACGGCACACGAUUCUUCUUCCUUGUUGUGAAUUUUGCGCUUGCUAUUAUUCUCAUGCAAAAACCAAUGGGACAAGGCGCCAUCGCCCUGCUGGUCUGCCAGGUUCUAUCUCUUCUUGAGAUCCUGGACACCAACGGUCUCACAUUGUCCAAUUCAUCAAUUGGUCCUAUUGUUUUGGGCCUCCUUGGCUCUUUUUAUUUUUUCAAGACGGGCCACCAGGCGGUCCUCAGCACCAUCCAAUGGGAGACCGCCUUCAUUCCCUUGUCCACCAUCAAGUACCCCUGGUCCCCACUUCUCGUUGUGCUCAACACCUUUGGUGCACAAAUCCUCACCGCAAUCGCAGUGCCUCUGACCGUCCUCUGGAAGCGGCCGCUUCGGACCUCUGAACUCGGCUCCCAGCCGAGCAGUGACAAGACUGCCAAUCCGGCUACCAAAUUGCUCUCGGACGUGACCCAGGCCGCUACUACGCACAUUCUGUAUCUCGCGACUAUCAAUCUCGCCACAACCAUGUGGGCUGGGCACUUGCGUCGUCACCUGAUGCUGUAUCGUAUCUUCAGUCCGCGCUUCAUGAUGGGCGCCGUGGUGCUUGGUGUGGUGGACGUUGUCCUGAUGCUUGUCGGCGUUGGAGGGGUCCGGUGGAGCACAGUCAGCGUGGGCGAUGUCUUUGGCUGGUGA